AUGACUACGUCUGCACAGCCGGAAGAGUAUCAGAUGAAAACAGUGCUCGAUCUAACAACAGAUGAUACUGCUAAUCAUUUUCCAUUGUCACUUGACUCAACAAUGGAAAAAACAAAACUACUUCACGCUGGUGGUUUUAUAAUGUUCAAGAAACUGGCUGCCUGUUCAUUGGCUCUAGGUAUUCUAGUUGCAGGCAGUGCCCUAUUCGUUGUUCAACACUUACCUACUCAAAGCACAAAGCUAGCUGUCGGCACAUACACAGAAAAGAAUGAACUUUCGCCAAACUCUCCUCCUCAAAAUUCGUUUGCUAAACAAUCAUCUGUUGUUCAAGAUCAAUUGAUGAACAUACCAGCCACCUACUCAAUAUAUAAAUUAUAA